UGCCGCGGCCCUCUUCCCCCGGGUGACUCCUCGGUGUGAUGAUGUCAGCGGGGGAGGCGGAGCCUGGUGUCCGGGCCCGCGCUCCGAUGUCCCGGGAGAGCGCGGGAGGAGAGGGCCGGGGCGGGCCUGGGCCCGGCUCGCUGCCCAUCCAGCGGCACCGGCAGCAGCUGGUUCAGGCGGUCCGGGAGCAGCCGUUCCUCAUAGUGAGCGGGGAGACGGGCAGCGGGAAAACCACGCAGCUGCCGCAGUAUCUGCAGCGGGCAGGACUGGGACGGCAUGGGAUAAUUGGGGUCACGCAGCCCCGGCGAGUGGCUGCCAUUUCCGUGGCCCUGAGAGUGGCCGAGGAGAUGGGCUGUAAUCUGGGCAGAACAGUGGGCUACCAGGUGCGCUUCGACGACUGCACCUCUGAGGACACUGAAAUCAAGUACAUGACCGAUGGCUGCUUGUUGCGGGAGAUUCUGCAGGACCCAGGUCUCAAUCGGUACAGCGUUGUCAUUCUGGAUGAGGCCCACGAGAGGAGCCUUAGCACUGACAUUCUCUUCGGCUUGCUCAAAUCCCUGUUGGCACAGGGCACGUCAGCACAGGGCACAACGCCACCCAUGCGUAAGGUUCCCCUGAAGGUCGUUGUGAUGUCGGCCACACUGGAUACAGAGAAACUCUCAGAAUUCCUGCACGGCUGUCCUGUCUACCAUGUGUCGGGGCGGACUUAUCCCGUCAAGGAACUAUUCUGCAACCUGAUUGGACCGAAGGAUAAACACGGCAUGGGAUUUGUUAAAGAGGUUGUAAAUGUCACUUUGGACAUACACAUGAAUGAGUCAGAAGGAGACAUCCUAGUGUUUUUGACAGGGCAGUCUGAGAUUGAGCGGGCAUGUGACUUGCUUUUCCAGAAAGGAGAAUCAAUUGAUUACCAAUAUGAUGUGAGAGAUGGAUCGAUUGAGGGGCUGCUCAUCCUGCCACUCUACGGCUCUAUGUCAACAGAUCAGCAAAGAAAGGUUUUCCUUCCUGCACCACCUCACGUCAGGAAGUGCAUUGUUGCUACAAAUAUAGCAGCCACUUCUUUGACUAUUGACAGAAUAAGAUAUGUUGUAGAUUGUGGCUUCGUGAAGCAGCUGAAUCACAAUCCGCUUGUUGGACUCGAUGUACUGGAGGUUGUUCCCAUUUCAAAGAGUGAAGCCAUGCAGCGAACUGGGAGAGCUGGGAGGACGUCUGCUGGGAAAUGCUAUCGGAUCUACAGCAAAGAAUUCUGGGAGAAGUGCAUGCCAGAUCACAUGGUCCCAGAGAUCCAGAGAGUUAGUCUGACGUCGGUGGUCCUCACCCUGAAGUGCCUUGGUGUGAACAACGUUAUUGGGUUCCCGUAUCUUGACAGGCCAGAGGAGAGGCACAUCCUGGAGGCACUGAAACAGCUUUACCAGAAUGAUGCUAUUGACAGGGCAGGUUGUGUGACCAAACUUGGGCGCCUGAUGGUGGAGUUUCCUCUCCCGCCACCUAUGACACGGGCUCUGAUAAAAGCCGCCGCCGUGGGCUAUGAGUGCCUUUUGCUUCCAGUGGCCGCGAUGCUCUCCGUAGAAAACGUUUUCAUUCGACCAGGGAACCCGGACAAGCAGAAGGAAGCCGAGCUGAGGCACCAGGAGCUGGCUCAGGAGGCUGGCGGCAGCAAUGAUUUCUUAACAUUACUCAACAUCUUCGAGAAGUGCAAGGCAAGUGACUCGCCGUCUUCCUGGUGCCGAAAGUACUGGCUCCACUGGCGAGCAAUGAAGACUGCGUUCAGCGUGGAGACCCAACUCCAGGAGAUACUCAGGAAAAUGAAACAGAGAAAGGACUUUCCCUCAGAGACGUACAGUGGCUCCAAGGCUGAGCUGCUGAGGAAAUGUUUAUGUGCUGGGUAUUUCUCCAAUGUAGCCAGAAGGUCUGUCGGUAAAUCCUUUCACACGAUGGAUGGUCAUGGAUCACUUGUCCACAUCCACCCUUCCUCUGUCCUGUUUGAACAAGAGAGCCAGCUUGAUUGGAUUAUCUUUCAUGAUGUUAUGGUCACAUCCAAGAUUUACAUGCGGACUCUGUGCCCGAUUCGUUAUGAGUGGGUGAAGGAUCUGCUGCCCAAGUUGCAUGAAAUUGAUGUGUACCAGCUGAGCAGCGUGGCGAGGGAUGAGGAGGCCAAGGACGUGGCCCAACAACGGCAGAACAAACACCAGGACGAAAGAGCAUCAGAGCAAACUCUGGAAGAAGCCCUGAGGAAGCUGGAAAAGAGGAACGAUGAGAAGUCCAUAUCCGAUGCUCGGGCUCGAUACCUUCAGCGCAAGCUGGACAAAUCGCAGAACUGGACGGGGCAGUGAAGGUGCAGCAGAGCUGUCAGGAAGGGUUGACGCCGCACAGGGAGCCCAGUCCCAGUGCCAGACCGGAAGAUGAAUAGUGUUCGGGUCCAUAGCCAUUCUCAGCUUCAGCAUCUCAGGGCCAAAAGGCAGAUCUCUUGAACCAUUGUGCACAUGGAGUUGAGAACAAAUGCAAACCUCAUGUGGUGGGGUUAGAGAGUGGAGGAAUAAUCGGACACUGACACAGGGUGUCUGUGCAUGGGUCCAAUUACUCCCCCCAGGUACUCAUGCUCCCUCUUAGGUACCUGCGUUCACGUUCAUAAUGGGCCUUCACACUGUAGUUGCACUGUCUGUCCAUGUGUUGGGAGGGAGCAUGACUGGGCUAUUUAGGCAAAUGCUGACAGACCACACACAACGUUGUAACCUUUUUAGUGAGAAUAAAAUAUGAACUGUCUCCUAAAUCGUUUUCCUCAGGCGAAAACCAUCUUAAAGCUCAAGAACCAUCAAUUAGUGCAGACUAUCUGAUGUUGUUACCUAAAGGUCCCAUUGUUACAGUUCAUGAAAUGCUGCCCUGUUACCAUCUGAACACUGAACGGGUUGCUGGGUUUGAACAGGUCAGAGUCGACUGUGCAGAGAUAUUUCGCGUGUCAGUUAUCUGUACCGUUGGCUUCAUAGGUGAUUGGAAUUGUGCUUCUCCUGGUGCACUGCCGCAGCGGACUGCAGGGGAGAGGGAGGACUGAUGAAAUGCGGAGCCAUUUCAGGCUGGUGGUGUAUGAAUAGAAUCCUUUAUGUCACUUUGGUCUGAUUUAUUAUAUGUUUUUUUAUAAAUUAUGAAAAUAAGAAAGAAAUUGCUUUAAAAUAUCUUUUGUAAUGUUUUAUUUUCAAUAAAAUGUGAUUCAACCCUUAAUCUGCACUCAGGAAAACAACAGUUUAAAUUAUUGGAUUUCUAAAUUUGGAAUUAUCCCUUUCAUCCCUGAAGCAAGCAGUCAUGGCGCCGCUGAGGAUAAUUGAAAAGUUUCAAUGUGUGAUUUUUAAAUGUUUUAUUAUAAAAUUCCUUGUACAUUUCUCAGUUGCCUUGUGCCUUGUAUUUAAUUCAUUUGCAACGUAGCAUCCAAACUAAUUUACUUGAAUAAAAAAAAAACCCGAUCUUUUUAUUUCU